AUGCUUACUUCACAAACAGCACCGGUCAACCCCCUAGUGGAGUACGAGACCCGCACCUUCUACCGCAGCCGCGGGGACGACAAAUCCCCCUUCCAAGGCUGGCCCGAUGAUGAGAAAGACCGACUUUGGCUCGAGUCCUACCACUCUGGCCUGUUCACAUACGUUGACCGGGAGGCGGCCAUGCAGCUCCCCAAUGUAACCUCUCGCGUCGCCGAACCCGGGCUCGAAGACCAGUACAUGGUCGUCCUCGAUGUCUUUCACCAGUUGCAUUGCCUGAACUUCAUUCGCCAGGCCUUUUAUCCAGAGCGCUACGGCCGGAGCAUGUAUCACAAAGACGGAACGCUGGAUUACUGUACAUGGCUCCACAUAGAUCACUGUAUCGAUCAAGUCCGCCAGUCCCUCAUAUGCUCGGCCGACACCUCAAUUAUCCCGGUGCAGUGGAAUGACGCCACCAAGAGCAUGCGACCUCGGGUGGACACCAUUCAUACCUGUAAGAAGUAUGACCAAUUGCUUAAGUGGACGAUUGGGAGGAAUCUGAGCGAUUUUCGCGGGGCGGCGCUAGUCGUGGAGGAUGAGGUGGGGGGGUUGCGCAUUGAGGACUAUCUGGAGGACAAGGCAACCGGGAAGAUCCAAGUCGCAGAGUCCGAGUGUCACGCUAUCUAG